CCGGUGUAAGUCAGUUUGGAUUCACGCUGACCAUAAGAAUUGUUUUUCAAUCAUGGCGGACGUGCAUGGCCAUAUACAAAUCUGGCAAAUUACAGCUUAAGAUGACAGAAAUGCAAGACUCUUUCGAGAUUUUGGAGUGGGAAAGCACAUCAAAGGAACAGGAUUCUCUCAUUCAUCAUUUGUUCGGGGAUAUAUCCUCAAAAAAUGGCAAAUAUUCUACUUCUCUGGCGAGCAAUGGAUCACUCAAGAAUGGUGUGGGUGCUUCAGAGAGUAAGAAACGAAAAGCUACUGAAAGCAACAAUAAAACGGGACAGUUAAAAAAGAAAAGAAAGAAGAAGAAGAGAGAUAAUAAUAAAUUUAAGACAGAGCAAAGGUUAGGUUCAGAGUGUCCAGAGAACGAAAGAGGUGAUGCCAAUGUCAUGAAAGAGCAAGAUCUCGAGGUUGAUAAAGCGACUUCAAAUUAUACGGGACCCGUGGAAAAGACUCUAGAACAAGAACGCAGUAAGAAAUUAAAUCGCCGAAAGAGCAGGAAAGAAAAGAAGGACAUAUUGAUGAGUCAAAGUGACGAGGAAGAUAGCAAUGAGCACAAGAAGAAGGAUCAAAUAAAGGGUGUUAGUGACAAUCGAUGUCAUAAAAGUACUGAUCCCACUUGUCAGCCUCGUACAGAUAAUGAAGGGAUCGCUUCAGAUCUUGAAACCACAGCAGGGGUAAAUCAGUCUGGAAUUAAUAAAGCCAAGACAAAGAGGCGAAGAGAGAAAAAUAAAGGGGAUGAUAAUGGUCAUGUAGACAAUUCUACAAUUAUAACGAAUUCAGAGCAAACUGCUCCAGAGGCAAAUCAAAAACAAAGAAGAAAGAAGAAAAAACAAGAUAGGGAACAAGACUUCCAUAGCCCUUAUGAAGAAUCAGUAGCAGGAAAGAACUUUGAAAACCCCCGGGUCACAAGUGAAAACAUUCAUCCUCCCUCUGCUCUUCAAAGUAAGUCAAGUCUUCAUGAAAAGAUGACUAAGCAAUUGGAAUCUUCUCGAUUCAGAUGGAUAAAUGAACAACUCUACACUACAACAGGGAAGGAGGCAGCUGAAAUGUUCUCUGAAGAUCCAAACCUGUUUGAUAUUUAUCACAAAGGUUUCAACAAUCAAGUCAGAUUAUGGCCAGUUAAUCCUGUUGACAAAAUCAUAGAAUGGUUGAAGAAAAGGUAUUGAAUACAAUGUACUGUGGUUUACAGUGGCCGGUGAUAUUUAAUUUUUUUUUUUUAUAAUACUGUACAAUUUUCCUUGGCUUGGUCACUGUGGAAACUAAAAUGACUAGUAUCUAUUUUUGCUUUUUUAUUAUGAAUCAAACAUUUACGCCAUGUAGCUCUUCUUUACAUUACAGAUACAUUGUACAAGGUUAUCAGCUUGAGGUUGUUGUUUUGAUCUAAUGCCAAUAGCUCUAUACCUAUUUACUAGAAAACAUGUUGGAGAAGAAAAGGAGAAUUUCUUAUCAGAUCUUACAGGCUUAAGUGUGAACACUGAGUUUAUUUCACACAAAGGUUGUUUUUUUGGCUUGUGUUUCUUCCCAAACAAUGCUGAUGGUAUCUGCUUAUUUACAUUUGUAGUUAUAAUAUUUACUUACUCGUCAGUGUUAUCUAUUUGUAGACCAAUAUCCAAUGUGGUUGCAGAUUUUGGUUGUGGAGAAGCAGCAAUUGCUCAGAGUGUUGUAAACAAAGUACAUUCAUUUGAUCUUGUGGCCAAAAAUAAGUUUGUAACAGCAUGCGACAUGGCAAAGGUUUGUGUCAAUCACAAGUCAUUCAGGUUUGUGAUUUAUUGUUUCUGCUGAGACUUAUUUCUGAUUCAUCUGUAGUGGCUUUAAACUCAUGUCUCCUGCAUUUCAGGUCCCCUUAAGCCCUGAAAGUGUCGAUGUUGCUGUCUUCUGUCUUUCACUAAUGGGAACCAACCUUGUCGAUUUCUUGACAGAAGCCCACAGAGUCCUUAAACUGGGGUACAGACUCAGUCAUUACCUCUUUUUUUAAUUUGAUUUAUUUAUAUGUACCACAGGUAACACUAAGUAAUAUAUUGUAACUGUAAAAGAGAUAACCUCUAUAUCAUGAUAAUUUUGAGUGCUCCAGUCACAAGGAACUUUUUCCUAUUUUCAAAAGCAAGAAUUUUGUAAGGUCUACAUAUUUUUAAUAAUUUAGGUUUUAGUAUAAUUUUAUAAAAUAGGUUGAAGUCUUCAUCACAGAGUUGACUACAGCUUGGACUGCCCAAUUAUUGUGCAUAGGAUCAGGGCAUCUAGGAGUUUCAUAUUGCCAUAAAAAUCAGAUUACUGUAUUUUUAAUCUAUAACCUAAGUACAACCUUAUUACAUGCCUUAUGAUACAAUAGUUUGUAUAAUUUUUAUUGUAGAGGUAUUCUGAAAGUGGCAGAGGUGACAAGUCGUAUCAAUGACACAGCAGAGUUUGUCAGGUCUCUACUUAGACUAGGAUUUAAACUGGAGAAUGAGGUGUGAUAUUCACUAUGGUAACUUUAUUUCUACUCCCUGGUUUUAUGUUUUUCAGUCGGCAGUAAAAUUAUUCUUUGGUAUGAAAUUAUUUUUAAAUGGGUUAUUAUGAUGGCAGUACGCCCCAGUUGGUUGAAGAUUUUUCAAUAUUUUUUCUCUCAUUAUAUUUUCUUUUUAUGUUCCUAAAUGAAAAGGAGGCAAAAAUGCAGAAAAGAUUAUUUAAAACCAAAUCUUGAGUAACUACACUAAAGAUCGUUACUAUUACUGUUGCUACUAUAUAUUACUAUCAUUGUUAUUAUUAUCAUUAUUAUAAGCUCAGAUAAUUUUGAUAAUUCACCUCCUGCAUUUAUGUUGGAGAUAAGUCAUCGCGAUUCUCAAAAUCCAAGGGUAAUAUUAUUUUGUUAAAAACCAGGAUUUGGACAGUUACCCAGCAUUGAUAAGCCAUUCCCAACAGUUUCUGCGAAGUCUAUUCCAAUACCUGGUGAUCUAAGGUUGGGUGGUGUUAUCGUUGUUGUUGUAACACUGUCUGGUUACACUGACUUCUCCCAGUCUCUUCUCUGUGAAAGCUUUUGGUUUUUGGUUUGAGAGCAAAAUGAAGAACUGGUUGUAGGUUAUGAUAUACUUGUCAUGAAUGAUCACUGCCAUGCAUGUUUUUGUAAUAACAAUUUAUUUUAUCUCCUAGGACUCUACCAACAAGAUGUUCGUUCUGUUUGAUUUUGUAAAGGUUCAGGACUCUAAAAUGUCAGUUUCAUCUGGCAAACUGGAGGGCUUAAAACUUAAGCCAUGUAUUUACAAAAAAAGAUGAUGCUACAAAUUUGUAACAAAGACAGUUCCUUGUAGAAACAUUGAGGUCUCAAUACCUCAUCUCAAUCAGAUCUCUACCAGAUAAUCUGAAUGAUGAAAACAGGGACUUCCCUAUUUCAAAAAAUACUGUUUUCUGUGAACUAUUUUUUUUUAACCAGUGAAAGAAUGAGAAAUAAAAAAAUGGAAGUAAUCUGUUUUGAAAACUUCCAGAAUUACCAGUAUUUAAAGCAGUCUCAUCUAUGGAAAACACUCAUGAUUCAAGUUGUUUCCUUGGCAUUGGUUUUUUUAAAAUUAGUUGGAUUUUUCACAGUUCACUACAGAGUAAAUAUUUUACAGGGAUUUCCAAGGAUGAACCUAGUACAUUGUGGCUUAAGGAACUGGGGAAAGUCAUGGAUUCAAAGAUUCCUGUGUCUUAAUUUGUGGUUACUAAUUUUCUCGUGAAGC